UAUUUGAAAACCGAGCAAGGCAAGUAAUGAAUGUCAAAAAGUUGAGAAUUGAGUUGAAUUUAUUUUAUUUACAAAAUUACAUAAAUAAGUAAAAUGUUGAUAUCAGAUGGUAUCAAUCAUGGUAAAUUGCAGUCUAUAAUAGUUGGCGAAUUGAAAAAAGCUGGAUUAAAGCAUCGUUUAAAGAAGAUUAUAUCUAAAAAUGUGAAAGAUCACAAAACCCUGUUUGGUGCACCUCUCAUCAAAGUCCCAUCAUGUAGUGUUAUUUGUUGUGGAAGUACACUGAGCAUUCCAAUAGUUGUAACCGAGAUGUCUUCAGUACUAAGGGCUAAUGCUCAUGUCGAGGGUUUAUUUCGAAAGGCUGGUUCACAGAAUCGUCAGAAGGAUAUCAAGAGAUUACUAGAUGCAGGAGGCUGUGUCUCAGAAGGCCAUCAUCCUAUAGAUGUAGCGAGUGUCUUGAAAUUGUACUUACGGGGCUUGCCCGAGCCCCUCAUCAGUGCAGAGGUCCAGGAUCUGCUAUUAAGAUGUCGGCUCACAGCUGGAGAGGAUGCCCUGAAACCUGUCCUGGACACUUUACUUCUUCUACCAGUAUUACAUGUUCAUCUGCUACAUUAUAUCAUGGAGCUCCUAAACUACAUUGCUUCCCGUCACAAAGAUAAUCUGAUGGACUCCUCCAACCUGGCGAUUGUGAUGGCUCCGAGCAUCAUGCCGCUGCCAGCGGCUGCGUCUGCACAACGACUGGAGCACCAUGUUGCACUUGUCAAGAUAUUCAUCGAAAACUCGCAUCAUAUAGGAUUGUUGACAGAAGACCUUAUGACCCAGCUGGACGAUGAUUCCGAUGUAUAUCGGGCGAGACGGAAGAAACGGCGAAGUGGCUCUCUCAAUCGUGUGUUAAGUGGCCUCCGCAAAAUGGUGUCUGGUAGUGUGAAUACGCCCGCCACAGUUCGAGAAAGCACAAAAACUCCGAUCCUGAGCAAGUCGGCGGCAAAACGCAAGUUUGACACAUAUGAGGGAUUUUCUGCUAAAAUGAGGAAAGAAAUAAAACAGAAUUUGCCUCAGAAGGAGCUCUCUUUCACACCUAUGAAAAUGGGUGUCACUGAACGAAAGAGGUUAAGACUAAGCAUGAUGGAUGCGAGAAGCACGCCGGUCGUCAACUCAGAAUUUGGUUCACAGAAGAACUCUGAAACUAGCGUCAGCAGCGAAGACAUGCUGACGUCUUCAGAACAUCUGUUUAGCGCCCACGACACAAUCGACUUGUCUCCGGAUAUGAAGCAAGUGGAUAAAGAUUAUGUCAGGAUCUCUAAACAAGAAUACGAAGAAAUCAAAAGCAGAGUGUCGGCGAUCGAAAACAGGCUAUCCAGAGAAUUCACUGAUGUUAUUCCUAGAGUUCAACCCCUGCAGCAAGUCCAAGAUGUCUAUGAACAAACUUUGGAGGAAGUAGCCAUGUUAAAUUGCCCUAACUCCGACCAUCUAGCGCGGCGUCUCAGCAAAGAAUUGAAAAUUAGGCCAAAUGAAGAAGCUAAAAUUAUUAGAUCACCUAGUGCGAGAAAAAUAGGCUCAAUAAGGCGACGAUCCAAAGAAAACAUCACCAAAAUCGUAAGACAUAAAUCGUGGAAUGCGUCCUCACAAUCACAUACUAGUCAAACUUCAGACAGAUUUUACCCAUACGUAGGAUUAAGGAGAAGAGACCGAACAACCACGACAAAAUCUGAUUCAGCAAAAGUUAAACCACCGGUCGUUAAUGAAUGGGAAGGCUCAGAAAAUUCCUUGAAUGUCUCCGAAACCGGCAGUCAAAAAUAUAGUCUGCGCAAAAGAGUAUCUCUUGCAUCUGACUUCAACUUGGAUAAAACUAUUGGAAAACUCCAACCCAGGAGAUCUUUGAAUGUGAACAUUAGCAGUGGUUUGGGCAACACGAUAUCGGAUAAUUCAAUGAAUAACACAUUGAAUUCAAGUUCAAAGUCAACUAACUCUAGUCUUAAAAGGUCUCUUAGCAGUUUCGGUAAUGACUCAAAUAAGCUUUGUAAACAAAGUCCACAGUCCCAACAAAAAUGGCGCAGCGCCGCCGCUUUCUUUAUGGAUAAAACGGGCGAACUGGAAAAUAGUAGUCAAAGUGGGAGGCCAUCCGUUAAUAAAUUACGACGGCAGAACGCAGGCGCAGUGCUAGCGAAAGCGAAGCUCUUCGAAUCCAGUUCAGAUAAAUCAUCUGAAGGAAACGACCGCGUGCUACACAGCGGGUUUGCGAGGCGGCCGAGAGUUAACGGUCAACAGCAAAAGCCGCAGAAGCUUGUAGCCCACGUAAGACCUAAAAUCCAGAUGAAUGGGAAUACAGAAAACAUCGCACCGAAUAUUCCCGAUAGAGUAAGUAGAAACUUAGAUGUCGCACCGAUCGUUCCUUCAAGAGGAUAUCGGCCUAAUGCCACGCAAGGGAAAGAUGUAAUUGAUACGUGGCAUAUGUUUAGGAAAGGAACUCCACCGUCUAGAAAAGUUGUAUCUCCUCAGGCAACUGCGGUCAGAACAUCACAAACACCCGCCAUGAAGAAACAUUUUGGCACACCGAGAAGUUUACGGACUCCACUUGUAAACGGAGAUAAUAGAAAGGCCAACGCACCAAUGAAAGCGAUUCACAUAUCUCCAAGAAGGCGGUCACCGCGACAAAAAUUACGCACUAAUCAAGUUAAUUAGUGUUUAGGAGUAACAAAAUGCUGAUUAAUAUAAUGUUGCUCAAUUUUAUUUUAUUACAAUGUGAUUAUCGAAAUCCAGUGGCCAUUUGUACAUAAUAUUUAAUUUUUAUAACGCACUGAUUGCAUCAAUAAAUAUAUCUUAAUUACUUAAUAA